AUGCCGAGUCGUUCGCGCCGCGCCGCGCCGUGCGAUGCCGAGCCGUGCCGAGCCGUGCCGUGGCGGGCGGGGCACGGAGCCUGUCCCCCGCCGUCGCCGCUGCCGCCGCGCUCUCCGCCUGGCCCCGCCGUGCCCCGCCGGCCCGUGCGCCCCGGGGCAGAGCGCGGCAGGCUCGGCGGGGGCGGGCAGCCUGCGGGCAGCUCGCCCGGCGGCCCCCUCCUGCUCGCCCGCCUGCGGACUCCUCCUGCCUCGGCGGCUCCCUGGCCGUUAACCGCCUCCCUGCCGCGGCCCGCCGCGACCCACGGCGGCCAGCGCCGAGUCACGGCCGGCCCGGCCCCGGCUGUCCCGGCUGUCCCGGCGGGAUCCGGCCGGCGGGACGCCGCCGGAGCGCGGCUGAACGCGGGGCGCCAGGGGUGCACUUUGCCGUGCCUCCCCCCGGCCCCGCCGUGCUCCUCGGUGCCCCGGAGCCAGGAGGGCGGCAGUGUCGCCUCCCGCGCCCCGUGUCCGCCGCCCCCCUCUACACCGCGCUCGCUGUGCCCCCGGCAUGGGCUCCCCCGGCUUCAUUUAUGCCCCACUUCCUUCCCUCUCCCUCCCUCGCUGCUCCUCAUUGUUCCACGGCAGCGCUCAAGCACCAAGGAGCCCUCUGUGGGCAUCAAGGCUGAGCCCACUGUGGGCACCAAGGCUGAGCCCACUGCGGGCACCAAGGCUGAGCCCACUGUGGGCACCAAGGAGCCCUCUGUGGGCACCAAGGCUGAGCCCACUGUGGGCACCAAGGAGCCCUCUGUGGGCACCAAGGCUGAGCCCUCUGUGGGCAUCAAGGCUGAGCCCACUGCGGGCACCAAGGCUGAGCCCACUGUGGGCACCAAGGAGCCCUCUGUGGGCACCAAGGCUGAGCCCUCUGUGGGCACCAAGGCUGAGCCCACUGCAAGCAUUGCACAUGCACUGGCACUGGGCACCAAGCUCAGCGCCAGCAGUGUGCUGUGA